AUGCGGCUGUCCUUGAAUUGUCGCUCUUCCCAGCGCUCGGCGACCUCAAUCACGGGGCUGAUGCUGCUGCUGGCGCUCAGCGUCCACGACCAUCUCGCGUCGCGCCUCGUGGGAGCGGAGAGCGUCAGCCUCGAUGCGUCGCAAAUCGCCCCCUUGAAGGCCGUGCAGGCAGGGCUGAACUACACGCUGGUGAGCAGUGACGACACGUGCCCGACCACGGCGUCCACCUUCAUGGGCGCCAUCCUCUGCGACGCCGACGGCUACGUCACCGAAAUCAGAAUAUCGUCCUACUUUGGCCAUGACGUUUACGCCAGCAUCCCGUCCGAUAUCUCUCUGCUCACACGCCUCUCCCACAUCAAGAUUUACAACUUGGAUUUCGGAGGAGCCCCUGUUCCUGCCAGCCUUGGAAGCAUCCCCAACCUCGUUUUCCUUGAGCUGUCCAGCAGCGGCCUAUCUGGGGCGAUUCCCAACGAUCUCAGCACAAUCACCAACCUGAAGCACCUCGACCUUUCAAGGAACUCUUUCAGCACCCUUUCAUCCAGCAUCGCCUCUCUCUCCAGCCUCGAAUACCUUGACCUCAGUAGCAACGUGUUGGACGGCCCUAUCCCUCCAGAGCUUAUGACUCUUACUAACCUUGCUCACAUUGACAUGGGCAACAACAGCCUCAACGGCUCCAUUCCUGAUACGGUCACCAACCUCCGAGGCCUCACAAAUCUGGACCUGUCUGAUAACUUCCUCUCUGGACCAAUUCCCGCAGGCCUGGGCUCCAUCCCCAAGCUCCGUAACUUGUGGCUGGGAACCGGCCCCGAGUGCCCCAAGGAGUACACUAGCUGCGUGGUGGAGCAGAGCUCAGGCAGUCAGCUGUGCCUGUGGUGCUCCUACUUCUGCUCCACCUGUGACAAAACGAAUCCUCUGGACAACCUUAACUGGAACAUUGGAGACCCCACCACCACCAUCACCACCACCAACAACAACCACAACAACGCCAACGCCACGGCGAAUUCCUCCAGCUCGGGGUUGUCCACAGGAGCCAUCGUGGGCAUCGUGGUGGGCGUGCUGCUGCUGGUCGUUGGCGUCAUUGCCACCGUCUUCAUCAUCAUUCAGUGCGGGAAGAAAACCGAAGCGGUGGAAGUGCCUGCAUAUGCGGGUGGAGGCCAGUACCCUGCGCCAGACGCGGCUCCUCAGGGCACAUAUGCGAAGGGCUACGGCAGCUACCAGCCUGAUGCGAGUGCCAAAGUCUAA